GCAGCGCGUGCUUCCGGCGCCGCGUCCCGGAAGCGGAAGUGUCUCCUCCUGCCUGUCAAAGUCGGCGCCCUCCUCCCUCGGUGGUCGGCGGCCCCCGGGUCCCGGGGAAGUGGGCUGCGCGUGUCUUUCCCUGCCUUUUCGCUCCCCGGCGGGUGGGAGUGCAGGGCGGGGCGCGAGAUGAGCACCAUGUUCGCAGACACUCUCCUGAUCGUUUUUAUCUCCGUGUGCACGGCUCUGCUGGCCGAGGGCAUUACCUGGGUCCUGGUUUACAGAACAGACAAGUACAAAAGACUGAAGGCAGAAGUUGAAAAGCAGAGUAAAAAACUGGAAAAGAAGAAGGAAACAAUAACAGAGUCAGCUGGUCGGCAACAGAAAAAGAAAAUAGGAAAUGACAAUUUGUUGGUUUCUUUAUAGGUUCGAAUGAAAUCCAUGUUUGCAAUUGGCUUUUGUUUCACUGCCCUCAUGGGAAUGUUCAAUUCCAUAUUUGAUGGUCGGGUGGUGGCAAAGCUCCCUUUCACCCCUCUUUCUUACAUCCAAGGACUGUCACAUCGAAACCUGCUGGGAGACGACACCACAGACUGUUCCUUCAUCUUCCUCUAUAUUCUCUGUACGAUGUCAAUUAGACAAGUAAUUCAGAAGAGAGACUCAGCAGUGGAUGAGAGGGGCGAGGUUUGCCGUAUGAGGUAG